CAUAUUUAAUAUUCCAGAUAUUCCUACAAUGUGAUGAAAAUAUGAAGACUGGACCUGGUUCCCUAAAAUACAUCAUCAAUCUGCGCUAAGUGACAAAAAUAAGAAAUCAAGUAGAAAAUGUCGGAAAUGCGCGAGAACUGGAGGAAAAUAUUAAGAUUCUGAAGCUUUUUGUAAAAUCAGGGUUAGAAAUAUGGGAUAUUUUUGCCCUAUGAGGAAGUCAGGGGCUUCCAGAUUACCUGUUUGUGGACUAGGGGUCACUAAGGGGCUUCUUGUUUCUCUCCUCCUGAUGUUGGGGACCCUGACGAAGACAGUUGAAGCAAAGUGUCCAAGUCAAUGUGAGUGUAUAAGUACAACAGUUUCCUGCAGUACAUCAGAUCUUCAAACUGUACCACACUUUCUCAAUCCAAGGAUAACAAGUCUUGACCUUUCCCGGACCUCUAUAGUUAGGCUGGACCAUGGCCUGGACUUCUACAGACAAUUAGUCCAUCUUAAUAUUUCUUUCAGUAAUUUAAGCAGCCUUGGAGAAAAUCAGUUUCUAGAGCUAAACAGUUUAAUAAAUCUACAGGUUGAGAGAAAUCAUAUUCUCCGAAUUAAACCUGGAGCUUUCCAUGGUUUAGAGAACCUGGAGAUAUUAAACCUGAGAGGAAACCUGCUCAAAGGGGUGGAAAACACAGCUUUUACGGGUUUAGUCCAGCUUCGAGUCCUGGAUCUGAGUGAGAAUGAACUCCGAGAGAUUGAUCCUGAUUCCUUCCAGUUCCUACAGAACCUGGAGGUACUGCUGCUCUCUAAAAACCUGCUGAGAGAGCUGGGAUCUUGGAGCGGUGUGCUCCCUAGUCUUCGCUCCAUAAACCUGUCUCAGAAUCUAAUCCCAGCUAUUCAAGCUUCCACCAUCACCCCUCCUAAUAUUCAGGAGCUGGAUUUAUCAGAUAAUCUGCUCUCAAUUCUUGAACCUGACAGUUUACACUCCUCUCCUAACAUACACCGAUUAGAUUUGAGCUACAACAAAUUGCAGGCUCUGCCCUCUCUCCCGAACCUGAACAACCUUACCGACCUGGUUCUCUCGGGGAACAUGAUCAGGAGCCUGGAGAUCAGGUUCAACCCGUCCCUCAUCAACCUCCACCUCAACAACAUGCCAGUUCUUACAAAUAUUCUUCCAGGAACCUUUGACGAUAUUCCAAACCUUAGGUAUGUGAGUUUAGCCAACAAUAAAAAGCUGGCUCCGAUUCCCUCCGAUAUAUUCAGAUCAUCCACUAACCUCCGAAUCCUCGAUUUGUCCCAGCUGACCUGGAGGACACUAAACCCUGACCAGGUGGGUCCUGAGUUGAGUACGCUGCGGCUCGGAGGAACACCUCUGGUGUGUUCCUGCUCUCUCAGCUGGUUGCUUAGACUAGCAGAGACCCGGCCUGGUCUCCUGGAAGGAGCUACAUGUGACAAUCAGGGGUUACUGGAGGUUCCCAGCAGCAAGUUACAAUGUGGAGAAUCCGACUAUAUUCUAAUCAUAGGUAUAGCAAGUGGAUCAAUCCUAAUCUUAAUCUGCUUGGUUCUUCUCGUCAUUGUUUACAGCUGUAUGAAGAGCAGACAGAGUAACAAGAUGCCCUGUGAUUAUCUUUACAUGCAGGAUAAAUCUUCCAUCCCUACACAUCAAACCUACUCAGAGUCAAGGUUCACAACGGAGCUCUUCAAUUAUCCUAAAGAGGGAAUGUUCCAAAGUUAUGAUGGAUUUCAGGACGGUGGGUCACCGUCAAGAUUGUACGGCGGCUCACCGUACAGGGAUCAUGGUGCUACACCGUCUAAACGUAUUGGUGAAUCUUUCUACAGUGGUGAUACGGACGGGAUGGAUGGAUAUGAGCAACCCUCAGCUCUCCUGCCUCAAUACAAUACCCAGAUCCGUAACCCUAACCUAGUUAAUAAGAUCAGUUUGCAGGAGGAUUUAUUCAAUCAAAGACUAAAAAGAAUGAACAGUAAGGACCUGUUUAGUGCUAAAGAAAGCCCACUUCUGGGAAAUACCCACGGUACUGAUAGUGAACCCCUUUACUAUCCUGAUAAUUCCAAUCCACAAAGUGAUUAUAAGAUAACUAGCAAUCCCCUAGGAGAUUUUAAAAUAAUUACUAAUCCUGGUGAAGACUACAGUAGUGGGUACCAUGGUAGUAGUAGUGUUUAUACAAACAGCAGUACAUCAAGUAGUGGCAGUACACUGCCAAACCGGUCCAAUCUUCAGAACAGAGUUCUUAGUCAACAUAACGGAAACUCACACGUUCUCAUUAACCUUGCCAAAGUACAGAGUCCGUACAAAACUGGAAGAAAAGACAAAUACCCAGAUGUCCUUCCAUUUAAAGACAAGGGUCAAAGUUAUCUAGUCUAACAGGAAUAUGCAUACAUUAUAUUGGACUUUUUCGAAAACUAAAAUAAGAAAUUCUAUUUAUAUUAUAAAAGACCAGAGGAAAGAACUUUCUUUGGAGUGUGUAUCUGAAACGUCCGAUCUCGAUAUCUAAUAUUGGCCAUGUUUGACCACCACAGGAUAUCGAAGAGGAAUGAAAUAAAUCCAUAGGACUGCACAAAAUGGAGAUCAAUACUUGAUCCAUUGAUUCACAGUUCAAAAGUUCUGACUUGUGAUCAAUAAGGUUUUGUAGAAUUUCCUAGUUUAUUUAUCAUAAAUUUUACGUUAAUUAUUUAGCAUUGGUAUUUUACUACCUGAGAAUAUAUUAUCCACUGGUCGGGAGGAUAUCAGGCAUUAUAUUUAAUCCUCGGAGCAUAAAUUACUUUUAGAGACAAAAUAGAUUUCUUUAUAUGCUCAAUAUAUUCAGAAAAUAAACUAAAAUUUAAAUCUCAUAUAAAGUUUUUUUAUUCACUACAACCUGUAUUUGUAAAUCGGUCUCAAUUACAAGUUUUAGGUCAGUUUUUUCCAGAACUUAAAAGUCUAAACAUGGUGUUUUAGCGCAUUUUGAGAGUUUUUCGACUAUUCUAACAAUUAAAGUUGAUGUUUGAUGCUGCCUUAACUCUUGAAUAUCUUUUAAAUAAUGCAUAUUGUAUGAAUAAAAGUAAGAUUUAAUUUAAUUAAAAAGAAAUAAAACAGUGAAGUGUUUUACAGAUUUAACAUUAAACAUUGUCAGAAAUAAUCAUGAGAACUAUGAACUGUUUAUACUGUUGUUAUUGUUCUGGUAUAUAAAUUGUAUUGGUUUGAUAAUUGUGUUAUACACAAUAAUUACUGUGAGCUCCAUUAAGAAGUAUAAUUGUUAUUACAAAGCAAUACUAUACUAUUCUUUACCAAUCAAUUUAUUCCUUUUCUCUUUCAUUAACAAUGCUUCGCUUAAAGAGAUUGAAGACGAAAAUUCAAGUGACCCUCUUUUCAUGAGUAGCAUGUUCAAUUCACAAUAGUCUAAUUCACAAUAGUCCAAUUCACAGUAGUCCUAUUCACAAUAGUCCAAUUCACAAUAGUCCAAUUCACAGUAGUCCUAUUCACAAUAGUCCAAUUCACAAUAGUCCAAUUCACAGUAGUCCAAUUCACAAUGUUCCAAUUCACAGUAGUCCAAUUCACAGUAGUCCAAUUCACAAUAGUCCAAUUCACAAUAGUCCAAUUCACAAAAGUCCAAUUCACAGUAGUCCAAUUCACAAUGUUCCAAUU